UGCGCGCUUUCUCCAACAUCUUCCUGGUGGCGGUAGAUGCUGCACGCUUAGCUGCCGGCCGGAGUGGGGGUAGCAGGAGCUGCCGCUGGGGAUUUCCUCGGCAAGGAUAGCCGCUGUUGCUGCCGAAGGAAAGCAAUCAUGCAUAACCUUCUUCGUGGCACGGAGCUGUUACUGAAAUGAGCAAGCGAGCGCACAAAUGAGGUGUUGCUUAGGCGGCUCCCUGGAUGGAUGUGUUUAGCUUUGUCAAGAUUGCUAAUCUCUCCGGGCUAUGUCAUUGUUGUGACCUGGAAUUUAAAGAAAAUGCCUUGAUGAAUCAGAUUAUGAAUUCAACCCAUCAAUUAUGUUCCUACAUCUUUCCUGAUCAAUAUGUUUCGCUGAAUCAAAGAGUCUUCCCAUAGUCUUGUGGAUGUUGUUGUAUGUCCAAAAGGCAAAUCAGAUCUCUGAUUUUCCAUGAUAGCCAAAAAUCAGGGUUUUCCUUUCUCUGCAGACAGCUUCAAAGUCACAGUUGAAUAAGUAUUUGUAAUCCACAAAGGGCUUCUUCAGGCCCAUUUAGGGUCCCCUAACAGGCAGAAAUCAACCAUAGGGUGCCGAGCCCCGCGAUCCCUCGGCUGCUGCACUACUGCGCAAAACCGGAAGCUGUUUUAGGAACAUUUGGGUCAGAGAAAAAGCGGAGAAAAACUGUUUCAUGGACAGAAGAGAGUGAAAAAAGUCUCAUUCCAUUGGAUGCAUUGCUUGACUUGAAAUCUUUGCUUUGAAAAGAUAUUUAGCCACAGGGCCAAGUCUUCAGGCUGGCCUCCUUCAGGAACUUGGACCUUGAAACAGGGAUCUUCCUAUGGUUGGGAAAUGAUGGCAAACAGAGAUGGGAGAAACUACUACAUCAGUCACAUGAUUCAGACUGCUCCUUUUGACGAUCCCCAAAUAGACAUUUGCCAAAUUAUACUUCCAGCACCUCGGAAAGUAGAAAUGAAAAGAGACCCUAUUUUGGGAUUUGGUUUUGUGGCUGGCAGUGAAAAACCUGUUGUUGUGCGCUCAGUAACACCAGGUGGUCCUUCAGAAGGAAAACUUAUAUCAGGAGAUCAAAUCAUAAUGAUUAAUGAUGAGGCAGUUAACACUGCCCCAAGAGAGAGAGUCAUUGACCUUGUCAGGAGCUGCAAAGAAUCAAUCCUCCUUACAGUUAUUCAGCCUUACCCUUCUCCUAAGUCAGCAUUUAUCAGUGCUGCAAAAAAAGCCAGAUUGAAGUCCAAUCCUGUCAAAGUUCGAUUCUCAGAAGAGGUCAUUAUUAAUGGCCAAGUUUCAGAAACAGUUAAAGAUAAUUCACUUCUUUUUAUGCCAAAUGUUCUGAAAGUGUAUCUUGAAAAUGGGCAAACCAAAUCUUUUCGCUUUGAUUGCAGUACUUCUAUAAAGGAUGUCAUUUUAACCCUUCAAGAAAAACUUUCAAUCAAGUGUAUUGAACAUUUUUCUUUGAUGCUGGAGCAGAAGACAGAAGGGUCUGGAACCAAACUUCUCUUGCUCCAUGAACAAGAGACACUAACUCAGGUGACCCAAAGACCAAGCUCCCAUAAAAUGAGAUGCCUGUUCAGAAUCAGUUUUGUUCCAAAGGAUCCUAUUGAUCUUUUAAGACGGGAUGUGGUUGCCUUUGAAUAUCUCUAUGUACAGAGCUGUAAUGAUGUGGUUCAGGAGAGGUUUGGGCCUGAGCUAAAAUAUGAUAUUGCACUGCGAUUGGCAGCAUUACAAAUGUAUAUUGCAACAGUGACCACAAAAGACACACAAAAAAUCUCCCUGAAGUACAUUGAAAAAGAAUGGGGACUUGAAACUUUUAUUCCACCUGCUGUACUGCAGAGCAUGAAAGAAAAGAACAUAAAGAAAGCACUUUCACACCUUGUCAAAGCAAAUCAAAAUCUAGUUCCUCCAGGUAAAAAGCUGUCUGCUCUGCAAGCCAAAGUUCACUAUCUCAAGUUUCUCAGUGACCUGCGACUAUAUGGAGGACGGGUGUUUAAGGCAACAUUAAUGGGAGAAAAACGUUCUGAAGUCACCUUACUAGUGGGACCACGGUAUGGCAUUAGCCAUGUAAUCAAUACUAAAACAAAUCUUGUAGCUCUCCUGGCAGAUUUUAGCCAUGUGAACAGAAUUGAAAUGUUUGCAGAAGAUCAAGCUAUUGUCAGAGUUGAGCUUCAUGUGUUAGAUGUAAAACCAAUCACGUUGCUGAUGGAAUCAUCAGAUGCCAUGAAUCUUGCAUGCUUAACAGCUGGAUACUAUAGGCUCCUAGUUGAUUCCAGGCGAUCAAUAUUUAACAUGACCAACAAGAAAAACUGUGGGACCUGUGAAACAGGGAUUGAAACUAAAGAGAAAUUUAAUCAUCAUGGAUCUGAGUGGAACUGUGUAACCAAAAUGACUACAUUCUCAGCAGCAGAGCAGGAAGCCCAUAUGUUUGCUGAUAAUAAACAAAAAACUGCAGAGGUCUCUGAUAGCGCUAUAUGUUCAAAAGAACAUAGACAUCUGUACAUAGAGAAUGUUUAUAAUUCAAGCGGACUUGAUCAACAGCUGGCUAAACAAAAUGACUUUGCAGAAAUAGAAGAUAAUGGAAAUUCAAACCAGCAACCCAUGCUUUCCUUUUCUGGAGGAUUGGAAUCAAAUAAGAAAAUUCAAGGAUCUCUAAGAGCUGCAAAAGUAUUUUUUAUUUUUGGAGAUCAUGAUUUACACGGUGUGAAUCCUCAAACUCUUGGCUAUGAAAGAUUAUUGGAUGAAAGUCCAGAAGCAUUAGAUAAACAGACCACCCUUUAUAUAAGUCAUGCUAAUGACAUUAAGAGUUUGGAGUUGUCCCCAGAUGCUGAAAGUUUUCAUUUUGCUGCUAAUUCUGGUUAUGCAGGCUUAUGUGAUGGCAAAAUGUUUGAAGGCGCUGAAGGAAUAGAAGAGCCUCUGCUGCAUGAUAUUUGCUAUGCAGAGAACACAGAUGAUGCUGAAGAGGAAGAUGAUGUCAGCUGUGAGGAAGACAUUAUGGUUGGAGAAAUUGAGAGGUCUGCUCUUCUCAGUUUUUCAGGUUCUAGUGAUGAUAUCAUAGACUUAACAUCCCUCCCACCUCCAGAAGGUGAUGAUAAUGAAGAUGACUUUCUGUUGCAUUCUCUAAAUAUGGCCAUUGCUGCUCCUCCACCAGGAUUCAGAGAUAGUUCUGAUGAGGAAGAUUCUCAGAGUCACACCGCACAGUACGGAGCAGACAAGGAGGAAACUAAUAAUGUUGGAAGUACUGAUAUUCCAGUGUCACUUAUUGAUGCUAUCCCUACUAAUCCUGAAGACAAAUGUGAAAAAGGAAUGGAAGAUGUGGUAUCUACGCUUCAAGCCCUGAAGGCCUUAUCUGCUUCUAAGGAACACCAGAUGAAUGAAAAUUCAGGUGUAGCCAUCUUGAGAGCAUAUAGUCCUGAAUCAUCAUCAGAUUCUGGCAAUGAGACUAACUCUUCCGAAAUGACUGAAAAUUCUGAACUGGCCAUUGCACAGAAACUGACUGAAAAUUCCACACGAAUGUUUUUACCCACUAAUGAAGGUUACCAACCACUGGUGGAAUCACAGGCUGAAUUCUCUAUUACCAAGAAUCAGGCAGAAGGGCUGCUAAUGAAAUCUGUACAUUUGUCAGCUAAUCAGCAAGCUACAGAGCUCCAGUCAAAAGUUGUGCCUUCAAAGCAGAUUCUUCAUUCAGACAGCAUGGAGAUGGAACCAGAAACUAUGGAAACAAAAUCUGUUACUGAAUAUUUUAGCAAGCUGCACAUGGGGUCUGUGAUAUAUUCUUGCACUACUAAACGUAAAAAUAAGGUGAUUGAUGGGGAAGGAAAAGCAAUUCUUGAUGGCAGCGCUCUUAUGAAAAAGCAACAGGGAGCCAAAAAAACAGAAACCGAUGACCAAAAGGGUAAAACUCUGUCCUCAAGGGAGGGUCAACAUGCAGGCACUUUAAAUGCAGAGAGAACUGCCUUUCACAAAGACAAUCAAAGAUGGUAUGCUGUUUUAGAUGAAGGGGAAGUAGAGAAAACAGACCCAGAAACAAUGAACGGAAAGACAGUUCCCAGAGUUUCCAGUCUUGGGAAUGCAGAUAUGAAAUGUAAAGAUGAAAUGCAUUCUGAGAUUGACCACAGUAGUGUCUUAGGGUGUGAGCUAGAUGAACAUUUUGUGUCUGGUAUAACUACUGUGUCUUUAUCCAAAGACCAAAAGGAUUCUGAAGAUACUAAUUUAUCUGCAGAUGAUCCUCUUUCAAAACUUCCAGAUGCUGAACACAGUAUGACUGGAUUGUGUAAGUAUCACUUAACUAAACGCAUGUCCUCUUUGCAGAGUAAAGGCCACUUUUCCCUGCAAAACUCACAGUGCUCUUCAGUGGAUGCGGGAUGUAGUACAGGCAGCAGUACAUGUGGAACUCCAAUUGAAUCUCCUCUUUGUACCUCUGAUGUUAAGCACAUUAUGCCUAAUAUGACACGAAAAAGCUAUAUUCCAGUAGAAGACAGAGCUGCCAUGUAUUCCAGCCAUGGAACAACAUAUAAGGAGCUGCAUCAACUGUCUGAAACUGUGUGCCACAGAAUGGUUGUGCCUGCUAUGCAUUCUGCAGCUAAUUCUGCUGAUCCUUUAUUUGGGACUUUACAAGAUGGAUGUCACAGGGUUCCCAAGAUUAAAGAAACUACAGCUUUCACAGAGCCUGUGCAUGAAAGACAAGGAGGCAUGCCUUCAGCUUUUCGUAGACAGCCCAGACGUGGUUCCACCCUGCUGUCAUCCUGCAUUCACUCAGAAUCAAAGGUGCCAAGUCAAAACCAAGACUCUUUUGAUGUUCCCAAAGUCAACCUAUCAGGUUGGGUAGCAGUCAGUUUAUGGCCAUAUGAUACAAUUGGAGGAAGCCUCAGAAUACCACAGAAGAAGAAGGUUUUGCCAUGCAGCAGCAGUGUCACUUCACAAAUUACAGGCACUGAGAUGUUUCUUGGGAAGGGGAAAGCUGCUAUCAAUGUAUUAUGUUCACAGAUUCCUGAAACAUCUGACUCAAAAUUAAAAAAAAGAGGGGGAUUUCCUCUGGGCAAAAAGCUAUCCAAAAGUUAUUCCCAAAGCUCCAUGAACAUCAGUAUAAACAGUAGAAGAUCUUUUUUCUUGAAUGCUGUCCAAAAUGAGCCCAAGCAAUACAGAACAUUACCAUUACAAAAACGAGACAACUGGAAAUGCCGUAACCCCUUUAGCUCUUGUUUCCUACGACGGAGAAUGCUGCUGCUGAUGAUGAAAUUGAAUAUGCAGGGAGCAUUCAGCUUUCCUGCCUCUGUCAACCAGAGAUACAGUGCACAUUAGAAGAAUUAACUACUCAGACUUCUUCCAUUGAGAAUGAGGAACACAAGAGGCCGGUAGUGGGAUUUAGCCAGUUCACACCAGUUCAGCAGACCCGCUAGCUAAUUUUUUUUUGCCCAGGCCCUGAAUGGACUUCCGGAAGUGGCAUCUACACAGAGAACCAAUUGUUCACAUAUUUGAAUCCCACCACUGCAAGAGGCCCUCAGAGAAGCAGGAGAUAGUUAAGAAGGCAAAAGCAGAAGUCAGCCAGAUCUCAGCAACAUGUCCUUUGAUGCACAAAUUGCAAGACUCAGUGCCAUGAAAAAAAAA